AUGUCUUUGGACUCAUCUGCGGCACUCCAGUUUGCUUCAGGAGAAGAAGAAGAAGUAGAAGAGCCCGUUGAUCCUGACAAGACCGCAUAUGGUGUGCUGAUAGGUGUAUCAGGUGGUGCCUGCAUUCUUUUGUUGUACAUGGCCCUUUUCGGCAGAAGAAUGCGCAGAACUGCAAUCAGAUGGCAUGUAAUCAAUUGUUCAUGGUGGAGUAUAUUACACCUGGUGUCGUACGGAGCGUUCGCUGAGAAAGCUCCAUGGCCAAAUUAUAUUAUUUCCGAGGACUGGAGGGAAAGCUAUAAAGAUGUGGAGUGUUUCACGCGAUCCAUAUUCCCGUUUGGGAUGUUAUUCGUCUACGUCGAGGCGAUGGUUCUCACUUGCGCGCCUCGUUUACGUGACAACUGGGUUUUCAACAUGCGUUCCGUGUUCACAUUUGUCGACAUGUGGUUACUAUUCCCUUAUGGUCUGAUACCGGCAAUCAUGUACGGACCUUCAUUCGGCUUCACUUUUAUGCAAUUUUUCAUAAAAUUCUUCUUCAAAUGGCUAGAAGACGAUGAAGACCCUGACGACGGCGGCGGCGGCGGCGGAUUCAGUGAAGGUUUGUACAACCGAUACCCCUCUUUUCUCUUACUUGAUUUAGAAGCUUGCCCCACGAUUCGACUCCACUUGUCUUCAAAGUGA